GAGGGGGGAGGGGGAGAAAACGGGGAUCAGAGGUGGGCAGUCCUGUUAAUUGGCAGCGACAGACAGAACAGGAGAGAGGGGGGUGGCCGAGUGAUGCAAAAACAGCAUCAAACGCCAGUCGAUCCUUCAUUUUCACACCUUCUGUGCCAACGCCAGGGGAUAUGCACCAACUCUAAUGGAAGACGAGCAGCAACCUUGUAACGGAGCCUGCUGCUCUUGCUGCCCGCAUACUACCGGCAUCUCCUCUUCUUCCAGUCGCUACUCAACCCCUUAUCCUUAGCUGUGUUUCCUUCUUCACCGAGAGAGAGAGAGAGAGAGAGAGAGGGCCAGUGCGCUUUGUCAUUUGAGGUGAGGGGUUGGGUGUGAAGAGAAAUUUGUUUUGUGAGUUAGGGGAGUGGUGGAUGCGGUUGGCUACCAUGGACGUAGUGGGCGGCGUCAUAGUGGCCGCGCAGAGCAGUAAGACAGGAAGCUCCGGGGAGUCGCGAGGGAGGCUGAGCGGGAUUAAGCGUAGUUGUGGAUGUAGGGGAGGAAGAGACCACUGCGGGAAGGAUACGGCGUCGUCUUUGACAGAGCAGGCGGCACCCGUGUGGCGAAGCUUGAGGUCGGCGGGUGAGUCGCCAUUUGAGGGAUGGAAAUCGACCACCACCACCACCGCCACUACCACGGCCAAGAGUAACCUCCAGCGGUGGGGGAUGGUGGUGGAAUCCAAAGGAGGAGGGGUGGAGAGAGUAGCUGAUGACGAGUGUAACAAUGACCUGUGCAACGCCUUGAGCUGCGCUGCGUCCGAAGGGGGAAGCUUUGGUGGUUCUGAGCACGGAUUGAGGAAUGGGGUAAUUCUGGGAGGGCUUAGGGAAAGUACCGAGGUCAAGAUCGAGUCAUUGUCGACGGGAAUCAUGAAUUUUGAGCCGGAGUCCGUAAAUUCCGCGCCUUCGGUGUCCGAUGGAGGACUCUUCUUCUGGGCCUCGGCGCCCUGCACGUAUGGAUCUUGUUUGCUGAAGUCGCCGGAUCCCUAUCUCAUUAGUACCACUGUAGCUACUGAUCCGUUCUCCGGAGUCUGCCAUGGCAGCUCCCCCGAAGCCGAGAGGGACAGACAGAUAGCUUUUACGUUUGACGAUAGCAGUCUGUCGUUGGGUCCCCGCAUCAUGACUACUGAGCGUAGCGAAGGCGAGCCCCCGCCUAAGCGUGCCACGCGCAGUAGCCUGCAAAUUGGGUCUCUUAAUUUGCGGGAGCAAGAUGUCGAGGCGAGCUCGGCUAGCAGGUUGGUGAGGUCAACUUCUGCCUUUGGCGAUGGGUUCUCCCAGGAGAGCUCAGGAGCAUUGAUGGCGCCCCUGUUUCGGUCCAACAGCUCUAUGUUUCCAAAGCCGGCGCGGUCAUGGGCAGAUCCACUCAGAUUUCUAUUGAAGAAGGAGCUCACAGUUACGGACGUCGGCGAGCUGGGCCGCAUCAUACUCCCUAAGCGUUCUUGGCAGCGAGAUGCCGAAUGCCAACUCCCACACCUGGACAGCAAAGAGGGAAAGUUGCUGACCAUGGAGGACUACAACUCUAACAAACAUUGGACACUACGAUACAAAUGGUGGCCCAACAAUAAAAGCCGGAUGUACGUAUUGGAAAGUACCGGGGAAUUUGUCAAAUAUUACGAUCUCAAGGAGAAAGAUGAACUCAUCGUGUAUAAGGAUGGUCACGGGAAGCUGGUGAUUCGAGGUCAGAAGUGGUCAUCCUCAGCCAUAUUGAGGACCGAUUCCUUCUUGGGACCGUCUGGCUUCAAAAGCAAGAGCACAGGAAAACGCUCUCCGAAAGGUGGCAAUGUCCGGUCAAAUAUCUGCAAAGGCAGUCCAACAGCUUCCAGCUCCAAUUCAUCUGCCCAGCCAUCAAACAACUACCAAGCUCUGGACUCUCCUCAUGAGCAUGAAUCCGCCGACGUGCUGGACUUCAAGUUAGGCCCAGCCACCUCUCUCGUCACCAACCACAUCAUGGCCACACAGCAAGCCUCACAGCGAACCACAACCCGCACACCCAGUCCACCUUACAACGAUGGAGGACUCACGAAGCUGCACCACCUCGACGUGCCAACAUCAUCUCCGGUUGCAAACAUGCACCCCAAGAUCUCCCUCAAUACGCUGGACUGCGGGAUGUUGCCAGGGUCUGUCCACCCGACCUCUGCAUCCUCCUCACUUCAUUACCACGUUGAGCCGAGCGAGAUCGCUCCCAUCGGCAACUAUGGCGCCGUUGCGGUGCACUCGGAUGGUGCCAUCGACUGGGAGAAGCUCCCUGAUCCUCCAGGAAACCUGAUCGAGUUUCCUGAUCCGCCCGCCAUCGAGUUCCCCAUCGACGAGUUCGAGUGCAGUUGGGCGGAAUUUAGUUAGCUUCUCACCCUCUCAAGUUCAGCAAGCAAGCUAAUUGUUAAUAUUGACAGAUUUUUGGGGUGCAUUGUAUUGACUUCCCGGAAAGUUAGUAGUGGUGGUUGAGGGGGGGGGGGGGGGGGGGGGCUCUGGGUUCGUUCGUAGACAAGCUAAUAGCUUGAUAUGAGAAACAAAACACAGUAGGCCAGGCCGGAUGAGUCUUUCUCUUGCUAAAGAUUCCACACAAAGGUUGCCAUGGUUUGUAAGCGUGACUAGAUGAUGCGGGAUGAACGAGAUGUGCUUCAUUUAACUUAUAGCAAAGAGAAACACGACACUCGAAUACCUUUCUA